AUGAAUGACGAACGAGUAACCUACUCAGAACUGAGUCUGGCCAAGGACCCAAAGAAGCAGCAAAGGACACCUAAGAGCACAAAAAGCUCCACUUCGGUCACUGAACAGGAAAUAACCUAUGCGGAAUUAAACGUUUCGGCAGAGAUGAAUGACGAACGAGUAACCUACUCAGAACUGAAUUUACCAUCACCUCCUCUCAUUGCUAGGAUCCUGGGAACCAUGUGCCUUGUUUUAAUGGCCUCUGUGGUGAUAACAAUGACAGUUGUUACUCCGUCUACUGUAAUACAGGAGCAGAGCAAUUCUUCCCUAACAAGAACCCAUAAAGUAAUUCAUAAUCUUUCUUCAGCACGUCAUGGUGGUUGCUGUCCAAAGGAGUGGUUCAUGUAUUCCAACAAUUGUUAUUCCAUUAGUAUGGAAAGAAAAACUUGGAAUGAGGGUUUGAUGGCCUGCACUUCUAAGAACUCUACUCUCCUUUAUAUAGAUGAUGAAGAAGAAAUGAAAGUUCUGAUGUCCCUAUCAUUUAUAUCAUGGGUUGGAGUCUUUCGUAACAGCAGUGAUCAUCCAUGGAAGUCAAUAAAUGGAUCAAUCUUCAAACUAAAAGUAACAGAAUCGGGAGCUCAUGAACGUAAUUGUGUUGUGCUACACUCAGAAUUUCUUAAAUCAGAAAGUUGUGGAUCUUCGCAAAUGCAUUAUUGCAAGCAUAAGCCUUAG